AUGCGGCCCCAUACACCCGCUCUGAAUGUUGUCCCUGCAGCAGCCGGGCCUUCUUCACCGCCAGAGACACCAGAGACACCCACCACAACACCGCCCGCGUUCAAUCGCAGGCUGGAUUCCAGUGGACGCCCACUGACUUAUGCGAAGGCGCUGUCUGGAAAUGGACAACGAGCCAAUAUCCGACCCAUAGGCGGAACGCACUUCAGCUACAGUCGUGGGCCUCGUCCUGAAGAGAUUUCCCCUCGCUCGUCGCACUCGAGCGACGAAGAAACGGAGUCGUCUGCAAGUCCACCGCCCUCACCACCAUCCGCCAUACCAGAGCUCCGCAAGCGGAUAGGCGCACAGUUUGCUGCAGCUGCAGCUGCAGCCCCGGCCACGGCCACUAUCCGGGUUGAGCAUGCCACUUUUGCGAUCGAGGAGCUCAGUGACUGUUCGCUCGACAGCGACGAUGCUGGUCAUUUGAACGUCCUCCGGCCCUACGGAUUCGAGUAUCCCGAUUCGGACCGUAGUCGGUCAAGGUCCCGGCCACCUCCGGAGGUGGAUGCGGCUGUCAUGACAGGCAUAGAAAACUUCAACCCGUUCGAGCAUUCGGACGAAGAGUCUGUUGGCGAGGAGUUCGAGAAGAGCUUGCGCGAUGCCCGCAAGCAACGUCGCGUGCGGCGCAUGCAAUCCGGCAGUAUCGGCAAGCGCACGGUGAGCGAGCGAGGCAGCGACUCCGAUAAGGAGGAUCUGCUCCCGUACUGCGAAGGCAGCGAGGCGGGAUCGACGCGGCGUAUGCGUCGGAAGGUCGGCGACCGCAGCAGCAUCCAGCUUUCCGGCCCUCUCCCGGAACCGAUUGAGGAGCUCAAGGAGCCGGUCAGCGACGAGGAUGAGGUCAUAUUGGACGAUGCCGAGUUGUUUGCCAGAGAGUUACCGUACUACACUUUGAUGGAGGUUGACUCCGAAUGA